AUGUCUAGUCCAAGAAAAAGACAAGCCGAUGACUUCAACGACGACCUGUCUUCCGGCGAUAUAACACCUUCCGCUGGGUCUAGUCCGCAGCUUCCUCCCAGUUCACCGGCCAUUCCUUUCGUCGAUGAAGAGGAAGAAGAAAUUCACAACGAUGUCACAGACUUGAACCCCUCGGACGAAGAGGAUGGCGAAGAUUUGAUGGACAAUAUGGAAAAUGACUAUCGCGAAAAUUCACAACAAGAUACUUACGACUUGGGCGAUGGAAACAUUGACGACGACGCAUACGAGGUUAUGGAUGCAGCCACUAGAAGGCGCAUUGAUGCUCAGCUUGACCGUAGAGAUGAGAUUUUGGCCUCAACAAACCAAUCGGGCAGGGGCAGAGACCAGAUUUUCAUGGAUGAUCCAGAGAUGGAUGACGACACAUUCACGCAGGAUGGAAUGCCCACACAAAUCAGACGGAGACGUCAUCAGGGCGAGGGUGAGCCUGAUGACUUCAUGGACGAUGUCGAUCCGACCCAUCAAGAGCUUUCUCUCGAGAGUUUGGCGGACGUCAAGGGUCCCUCGAUAACGGAGUGGAUUUUGCAGCCCAAUGUUUCGAGAUCUAUUGCAAGAGAGCUCAAGUCGUUUCUCUUGGAAUAUACCGAUGAGAAGGGUAGAUCUGUUUAUGGUGCCCGUAUCAGAACCUUGGGUGAAAUCAACUCCGAGUCUCUAGAAGUGUCAUAUAAUCACUUGGCUGAUUCCAAAGCUAUUUUGGCUCUUUUCUUGGCAUUGUCGCCAACUGAGAUGCUUAAAAUCUUCGACAUUGUUGCCGUGGAGGCUACGGAAUUGCACUACCCAAACUAUUCGCAAAUUCACCAAGAAAUCCACGUGCGUAUCUCCAACUUUCCAAACCACUUGGCCUUGCGUGAUCUUCGUGAGAAACACCUCAAUCAGCUUGUGAGAGUCUCUGGUGUUGUUACAAGAAGAACAGGUGUGUUUCCACAACUCAAGUACGUCAAGUUUGAUUGUCUUAAAUGUGGUGUUGUUCUAGGACCCUUCAUUCAGGACUCAAACUCCGAGGUCAAAAUUAAUUUUUGUACCAAUUGUCACGCUAAGGGUCCUUUUAAACUCAACUCGGAGAAGACUUUGUACAGAAACUACCAGAGAAUUACCCUACAAGAAGCACCUGGCUCUGUGCCGGCUGGCCGUUUACCAAGACACAGAGAGGUCAUUCUUCUUUCGGACCUUGUUGAUGUGGCCAAGCCUGGUGAAGACGUUGAGAUCGUUGGAAUUUACAAGAAUAACUACGAUGGCCACCUUAAUGCGAAAAAUGGUUUCCCGGUCUUUGCCACCAUUCUUGAAGCAAACUCUGUCAAGAGGAAAGAAUCUGCAUCAUCUAUGUUUUCGGGCGCUUCUGGACAGUCUUCUUGGGUCGAAGAGGAUGAAAAAGACUUCCGUCGUCUUUCCAGAGAACGUGGAAUCAUUGACAAAAUUAUUGCUUCUAUGGCGCCUUCCAUUUAUGGACACAAAGAUAUCAAGACCGCAGUGGCAUGCUCCCUCUUUGGUGGUGUUGCCAAGGAUAUCAAUGGAAAGCAUUCCAUUCGUGGUGACAUCAACGUUCUUUUGCUAGGAGACCCUGGUACGGCUAAGUCUCAAAUUCUUAAAUAUGCCGAGAAAACAGCCAACAGAGCAGUUUUUGCCACUGGUCAAGGUGCAUCUGCUGUCGGUUUAACCGCUUCUGUCCGCAGAGAUCCAAUCACUAGAGAAUGGACUCUUGAGGGUGGUGCUCUCGUGUUGGCCGACAAAGGUACAUGCCUCAUUGAUGAGUUCGACAAAAUGAAUGACCAGGAUCGUACUUCCAUUCACGAGGCCAUGGAACAACAAUCUAUAUCUAUCUCCAAGGCAGGUAUCGUCACAACAUUGCGAGCCCGUUGUUCAAUCAUUGCUGCUGCUAACCCUAUCGGUGGUAAAUAUAAUUCAACAAUUCCUCUCUCCCAGAAUGUCAAUCUUACAGAGCCAAUUUUGUCCAGAUUCGACAUUUUAUGUGUCGUUCGUGAUGUCGUGAAUCCUGAAAUGGAUGAGAGAUUGGCAUCUUUUGUGAUCGACUCCCACAUGCGUUCUCAUCCGGCUAUAACAGACGACAUCACAGACGAUGUCGACAUGGAUGAUCAACAGACAAGGCGGGAAAAAAUUGCGCAAAGCUCGAAACAAAGAGAAAGCGAAAUUUCGCCAAUUCCCCAAGAUCUUCUAUCUAAGUAUAUCAGUUUUGCCAGACUAAGAGUUCUGCCUAAGUUGCAACAAAUGGACAUGGACAAGGUGGCAAAGGUUUACGCCGACUUGAGACGUGAGUCGAUUUCGACCGGAUCGUUCCCGAUCACAGUUCGUCACUUGGAGAGUAUAAUCCGUAUUGCAGAGGCAUUUGCGAGAAUGAGACUACUGGACUUUGUGAGUCAAAGCGAUUUGAACCGUGCUAUCAAGGUCAGUAUUGACAGUUUCGUUGGUGCUCAAAAGAUCACUGUUAGAAGACAGCUUCAAAAGUCAUUUGCAAAGUACACUUUGCCAAGUUGGAAAUAA